GCCAGAGCACUGAGAGAUAUUUGCGCUGCUUAAUCUGUUGGCGCUCUACAAAUAACCGAUAAUAAUAUCAGGUAUUGAUGUAAAUGGAGUGAAUAAGGGAACCAUCUUCCUGAACACAGACCUUGGAGCCUGUUAUCAUCAUGAACUCAUAUGUGUUAGACAAACACAUGAAUAGUUCAUAUCCAUCCUUCACUACAGGAAGCAUCAGAAUGAUACCACAGACUCCAACAUUUUUAGACAUUAAUGACUAUUCACAAACAUUGGGUAAAUCACUGCAGAUAUUUAAAGAAGAUGGUGAAUUGUCAGGAACUGGGCAGCAAUCAUUAUGUACAGAGAGUAAUUUAGUCAUCAAACAAGAGGACAACAUUUAUGACUUAUCUAGUGAAAUGAUUAUCCCUGAUGAUAAACCACACACAUUUACUGAGUUUUCAAAAAAAAUUAAAGAAGAGAAUAGUCUACAGUCUAGCCAAAUGAUUCAUACAAAGGAGAAACCUUUCAAAUGUACAGAAUGUGAGAAAAGCUUUAGACGGAAGUCUCAUCUCUUAGAACACCACAACAUUCACACGGAUGAGAAGCCUCACACAUGUCCUGAGGGUGUCAAAUGUUUUAUACAAAUGACAAAACUUACAGCUCAUGAAAAGACCCUCAUAGGGGACAAACCAUUUAGCUGUACAGAGUGUGGAAAACGUUUUACACGAAUGAAUCAUCUUAAAACUCAUGAAAGGAUUCACACAGGAGAAAAGCCAUUCACAUGUACAGAGUGUGGAGAAAGUUUUACACGUAUGAGUAGUCUGAAAACUCAUAAAAGGAUUCAUACAGGAGAAAAGCCUUUCACGUGUACAGAGUGUGGAAAAAGUUUUACAGUUAAAAGUAGUCUGAGAAAACAUGAAAGGAUUCACACAGGGGAAAAGCCUUUUACAUGUACAGAGUGUGGAAAAAGUUUUAUACAUAAGAGUGAUCUGGAAAAGCAUGAAAGGAUUCACACAGGGGAAAAGCCUUUCACAUGUAAAGACUGUGGAAAAAGAUUUACACAAAUAAGGAGUCUGAAAAAUCAUGAAAUUAAUCACACCGGGGAAAAGCCUUUUACAUGUACAGACUGUGGAAAAAGUUUUAUAUGUAAGAGUGAUCAGAAAAAGCAUGAAAGGAUUCACACAGGAGAAAAGCCUUUCACAUGUAAAGAGUGUGGAAAAAGUUUUAUAUGUAAGAGAGUUCUGAAAACUCACGAAAGGAUUCACACAGGGGAAAAGCCUUUCACAUGUAAAGAGUGUGGAAAAAGUUUUACACAAAUAAGUAGUCUGAAAAAUCAUGAAAUUAAUCACACCGGGGAAAAGCCUUUCACAUGUACAGACUGUGGAAAAAGUUUUACACAUAUGAGUACUCUGAAAACUCAUAAAAUGAUUCACACAGGGGAAAAGCCUUUCACAUGUACAGAGUGUGAAAAAUGUUUUACAGAAAAGAGUAAACUGAAAAAUCAUAAAAUGAUUCACACAGGGGUAAAGCCUUUCACAUGUACAGAGUGUGGAAAAAGUUUUACAGAAAAGAGUACUCUGAAAAGUCAUAAAAUGAUUCACACAGGGGAAAAGCCUUUCACAUGUACAGAGUGUGGAAAAUGUUUUACACAAAUGAGUACUCUGAAUACUCAUAAAAUGAUUCACACAGGGGUAAAGCCUUUCACAUGUACAGAGUGUGGAAAAAGUUUUACAGAAAAGAGUCAUCUAAAAACUCAUGAAAAGAUUCACACAGGGGAAAAGCCUUUCACAUGUACAGACUGUGGAAAAAGUUUUACACAAAUGAGUACUCUGAAUACUCAUAAAAUGAUUCACACAGGGGUAAAGCCUUUCACAUGUACAGAGUGUGGAAAAAGUUUUACAAAAAAGCAUAAAUUGAAAACUCAUGAAAGGAUUCACACAGGGGAAAUACUUUUACAUGUACAGACUGUGGAAAAUGUUUUACACAAAAGAGUACUCUGAAUAAACAUGAAAGGAUUCACACAGGGGAAAAGCCAUUCACAUGUACAGAGUGUGGAAAAAGUUUUACAGAAAAGAGUCAUCUGAAAACUCAUGAAAGGAUUCACAAGGGAAGAAACCUUUCACAUGUUUAGAAAGUGGAAAAAGGGUUUUUAUUAAAAUCGGGUAUCACAAAACACCAAAUACUUUAUAUACACAGUGUACAAAACCUUUUUACAAUUCUCCUAAAGAGGACAAACUCUAUAUUGAAGCAUCAAAAGAGAUGUUAUUGUAAAUAAUACUUUCUAAAUCCCAGUUAUAAAAGCCUUAGAUUGGAAGUGCUCUCCUGCUUUCCUUUGUUCCUCUAUAUAUGUACACCUCAGUUUCUCUCAUAUAAAUUUGAUAGAAUCCAAACACAACACAGGAAUAUACAAAUCUGUACUCAUACUGCCCAGUUUACACAACCAUUCACCACCAAAGCACCCCCAGUGUUGAUUAUUAAUAUGCCAGUGUAAGAAGUUGUACAUUUGAUUUACAUAGGGAAGGAAAUAAUUAUAUUUACAGAAUAAAGGAGUCUUAUGAAUAGAGUGUUAGAAAAUUAUAUAAAUGGGGGGCGGAGCCAACUGCUGAACUAGCUGUUCGUGUCUCGGUGCAGCUCCCGAUUCCAGGAUCCUAAAUUAGGGGUCUUUUCACACGGAGAGACUGCACCGGGGUAUCACUGCUGUCCUACCCUAUAGUGACUAUGUGAAUGAGGUGUCCAUAAAGCCAACAUUUUGCACUUGAGGGACUACAAAUAGUGUAGAUGGGUAUAUUUCGGUAAGACUUUGGAUGUACACCCCGGAGAGCUUAACUGCCUCACUAGCUUCACAAGAAGGGGACCGCCAUUUUGAGGACAACACGUUUUAUCAACAGACUUUCAGUCACCCAGAUAGCUUAACAGAAACUGAAAAUAUAUCCCCUCUCAACGCUUUCUAUUAAGCUCCUAACAUGGGGAUUGCUUCUUAUUUUCUAGAGGAGCUACGAUCCCUGCUGGAGAGACUUCACGCUACCUUAGCAGACAAGCUGUAUGCAUCGCCUAACAGCUGAGGCACAAGUCACUUCCAGCAACCCGAUUUAAAUGAGCCCAUUUUGAUCGAAGGACCUGGGGGUGGUGCUUUGGGGCCCCGGUGCUUGCCCCCUGCCCUUUACAUUUCUAUAGAAAAUCGGGAUGUUGGUGUAGCAAAGGAGUUAGCACAGCAUGAUGAAGUGACGGCCAGAAGGGCAGAUAAAGUUAUCAACAGCCUUAAAACGAUGCCUCCAGCUAGCGCAACCACAUUUGAAGCAAUCAGAAUUUCUAUGCUGCAUGGAUGGGAGCAUGCUGACUAUAAUCUACAAGCGAUUCCUUCUGAGAAAAGUGAACACAGCUGUGGAAAUCCAAAGCUGCACACCCUUCUAUAACAGCAGCGAACCCAUAUGUUACUUUUCACGCUUUGGUGCCUUCCUUGCUAGCUCCACUACAAACACAUGCAACUUUCUAUGUAAUCUCUCCCCUUUUGAGAAGAUGGGACCCCGGUGGACAAGGAGAAACAUGGCUGCAAGCGACAUACCUCACACUGCUUGCGCAGCAGUUAAAGUCUCCCUACUAUUCAGACCCACGGUCACUUGCUUGGGACACCAGUGAUUUCUCGCAGCAACUGUCUCACACAUACACGGGACUCAGAGUGUGGAGAGAGGGAAUAGGGUGAGAUGAUACUUCUCCUAUACACCCCUGAUCCCACAAAAACUGAGACCUUCUAUUAUACCCUCUUACUAUUGAGAACUUUCGAUGAGGACCUGGCGGACUGAAGCUUUAAGCCCAUAAUUGCACUGAGGAUUUAAUGUUUUAGAUGAUGUUUAUAUUUAAUGUUUAUCUUAAUUAUUCUGUUAGCCUACUGCCUGAAAAUGAUAGUGAGUAUCAUAAUGUGCUGCUUUGUUCAUAGAUAUUUUUUUACCCCGUUUAAACCAAUCAUAAUAUAGUUAUGUUAUCCUUGUUCGCUACUCUCACUUGUUCUGCAUUAUAUGACAUUUGAGAGGAAGCGACUUGCAUGUACGAUCUACACCCAUUGUUGGAUCAUAACUAUAUUCUAAACCCUUACUUACUAUGAAUAAGUAGCAGGCACGGUAGAUAAAAUGGAGAUAUAUCCUUUACAGAUUACAACAUAAAUCUACUAUAAGGUAUACAUCUAUUAUAUUGUGCAACUGUUCCUGAUGGUGGUGUUGAAACAUGAGUUGAUAGCCUGCAUUUCAAGUAUACUUUGUCAUUUUAGGUCCUACUAUUAUAAGAUUUGGUGAGUUUUAUAGAGCGUGUUAGUUCUCCCCUGAAGUGUUUAGAUACAAUGCUGUUCUGGCGGUAAAAAUAGGCAGACAUAUGUUAGAAUGUUUUCAAUGCAGACUUUAUAUUCUUGUUGUUAAAGUAGCUAUACCAUGGAGACAAUUUUUUUUUGUUUGGACUGGAUAUAUGUAAUUGAUAUUUAUUGCAUUCCUAAUUUUUAUUUGGGCUUCGUUGUUUGCAUAUCUGAGGUUUAUAUCAUAGUUAAGUUAGCUAUUACAUUAAGCAAUGGAGACACCGGAGAGCUAUUGGGCAUUUGAAGCAAAAUAUAUACUGUUUAAUCUACUUCCAAAUCAUAUGUUAUCUGCAGCAUUCAUAUACACAUAGCACUGUAGAGCAAGGAUUCAAAACACAAUAUCUCAAUAGUAGUUGUCAUUACCAUUUGUCACCACUGGAGGGGAGUCACAGCCUAGUUUUAGUUGGAUCCACACAGUAAACUCAUGCGAUCUUGAUGUUCUUACUUCCCUUUGGACUCCUCACUCUGUAACUCAUGACUUGCUACCUAUAAAUACAAUUUGCAGGUAUAUAUUUGGGAUAUAGCUGGACAUCUCAGAAAUCCUCCCCAGCCAGCUUUAACCAACACUUGCUAUUUAUUGUCAUACCCUCAAAUUAGUGGGAUGUGUCAUUGGGGCAAACGUCUAGCAUUUAGGUUAAAAAAAAAAUAAAAAAAAUCCCUAGUUGUUGUCCUAUAAAUAUAUGACCCAUAUAAUUUUACUAAGUAUGUUAUUGCAGACAUUUAAACAUUUAAGGCAGCUAUGGGCUUGAUAGUUUGUUUGAAGCUUAGAGUUAAUAGGUACCAACAAUGUCUUAGAACAUGACCUACAUUCUUGAAAUAUAUUGAAUUUUAUUAUAUUGUAAAUGUUAUUGUUUACUGCACCCAGUUUCACUAGACUGCACUCGUUAUGAUAAUUUAUAUUUAUUUUUUGAUUGCUUUAAAUGUUUCUAAAACAUAAAGCUGGGUGUGAGAGUACAUGAUAAUACAGCAUAUAUGAUCCCAUGCAACUUAUAGAUUUCAGUUUUGACAGUUUCAAUGCAUAUCAUUUGCUUGUUAGCUACACCCAUGAGUAAUAACUUGGGGCGUGCUACAUGUUAGUUCAUUAUGCAAUGUGUAUAUAAGGUGUGAUUAAUAGAACAGCAGACUUCCUUUUUAUCCAUCUAUUUGCCUGUACCGGACACUUGCUUUUACAUAUGCGAUUCUCACAACAGGUGCUUAGAAUGUUAGGAAAGAGCGCUAGGCAGGCUGGACCUUCACUAGUGCUAUUAUGUAUAAUCUCCCUCUUCAUAAUUUUGUAAAUGAGCUACUCGGCUAGUGUCAAAUUUCCUACUAUAUAUUUCUCAAUUUCUUUAUGCAGGGUAUGGCGGCUCUGCAUUCAAAUAGCCCGUUCCUAUUUAUCCUCUGAUAAUUCAUGUCCCCUCGAAACUUUCAGCAUAGAUAUGGCGCUUUGUUUAUAAAUUUUGCUUGCCACCCGCAAGCUGUCAUCUCCCCCCCCCCCAUUAUAAUAUACCUCAUUAUGCUUAUAUAGAUCACUCCAGACUGAGCAUAGUUAGAAAGGGUCUAACAAACAUUUUAGUUGGUGGCCUGGUUGGGUUCCUUUCUCCCCUAUAAGGCGUAGUCUUAUCUGCACUUCCUACAUUGCCACUGCCUUAUCAUACGCAUUGAACUUGGAGCUCCUUUCCCUUCCACUCAUUAUAGCUUUAAAUAUGCCAUAGAAUGUUUUAGGGUCUGUGCCUUUUAGUCUGCACAUAGCACAGAUGUAACAUAUAAGUGCCAAUAUGUUCAUUCUAAUAUGAACAAUCCUCCUCUUGUCAGCACUGCAAAAUAUUUAUUUACCUAGUGUCGAAGCUCUUACCUUAAGACUCCUAAGCUUCUUUAUGCAGGACAUAGCAUUGACCCACUAUACAACUAACCUGUUCCUAGUUACCCUCUAGCAAUCCAUGUGCACUUGAAACUCUUAACAUAGACCUAGUGCUCUGUUCAUAUAUUUUGAUUAUCACCUUCAUACUACCACCUCCUCCCCCCACCUCAAUAUACCUCCUAGUUUAGGAGGGUUAAAUAAGCGGCUAAUCUCGCCUAUGCAGCACUUUCAUAACUUUUAAUAUUACCUACUAAUUGAAUAUGCUACAUAGUUUUCUUUUUUCUUUCCCUACCUUGAGUUAAUAUAUUGGUUAGGUCCAAUAGUGGCCUAUUGAGUCAUAAGAAGGAUGCUUUCAGUUUAUUUACUAUACAUGAUAAAAAGUAUUCUAAAAAUGAGGUUUAUCAUUUGUGAUCCAUAGGAGGUCUCCUAGGCUUGAAAUUACCUUCUUUUCCUUAAAUAUUUUCGCUUACGUUUGAAGACCCACGUGUGUCCUUUUGUGUUAAUUAGAAGGUCCCUAAUUAACACAUUUCAUUUAUAUAAUGUUCACAUGGUACAUAUAUUAUUAACUCUGUUUUUUACAAUUCAUUUUUUCUUGUCCUUCUAUUGUUAGUACAUUAUGUAAAAAAUGAUAUCUUAUAUUAUGUGACAUAAGAAUCUAUUUGUGUAAUGUUGUAUACCUCUAAUUGAACCUCAAUAAAAAAAAUUUUUUUUUUUAUAUAAACAAGAA